AUGACACUCGGUGAAAAAUCGAUACUACUGUGGAAAGCGCUCGACAUUACAUCCAGAUAUGUCAGAUUCGGGUCCUAUAUUGAAAUCUUUAGUGCUUCCCCACAAGAUCAGAGCAGGGUUGAUAAUUUCUUCACUGCCUACGAAAAUGCGAGAGGUCUAGGUGUUCGUGUGAAUGCUUUCGUCAAUAUCAAUCAGAACGGAUAUUCCUGCAACGCUAACUUUACCGAUUUUGAAGCGUUAGGUGCUUUGACAUCUUCCACAACUGGCUACAACUAUCCGAUCCAUCCUAUGGAUAUAGCCAGCGUGGUGAGUUUUGAAUAUUUAGAAACGAAAAAUAGAUGAAA